AUGCGAAUCCACGUCGAUGCCAAACGCCAGCAGCGCCAUCUGGCGUCCAAUAGCGGUGACGGCGAUGGCGACGUCGUUCGCACCAACAACAAUGAAUCCAGCGACGAUGAAGAGUUGUCGCUGUGCAAUCGAGAGGCGAUCAAAAAGAGUGUCAAAUACUAUUUGCAGAAUAGUUCGUUGCAUGGCCUCAAGUAUAUUGCCGAAGAGAGGAUUACGAUUCCCGAGCGCGUCUUUUUUGGCAUCUCAUUUGUGCUGGUCGUCAUACUGUCGGGAUUCUUCAUCUCCAACAUCUACAUCAAGUGGAGCGCAUCGCCCAUCAUCAUCUCGACCAGCGCCAAGCAGCUGCUCACCAGCACCAUGCCAUUUCCGGCGGUCACUAUUUGCAAUCUCAAUCAGGCACUGCGUAGUCGCGUUCAACGCAUCUCGCGAUCGAGCAGCAAUUACUCGCUGCUGAUGAGCCUGUGCAGCCAAGGCGAUGAUCAGACGAUCACGUACGUCGGCACCUGGAAGUACUUCAAGGCGCUGCUGGUCGAUGUGGCUCAGCCCUGCGACGAGAUGCUUUUGUACUGCAGUUUUGGAUCGCGUCGCGAGAUGUGCUCGAUGAUCUUCAAGUCGUCGCUGACCGAUGAUGGAUUGUGCUGCACGUUCAAUGCGCUGGAUCCGAGUUUUCUGUUUCGCAACUAUUCGGACGAUGUGCGCAUGGAACCGUUGCAGGAGAGUUCACUGUACGAGGCCAUCGAUUGGACGCCAGAGCGUGGCUACGCGGACAAAUUGCCCGAAUUCUAUUAUCCCCGGACCUCGGGGGGAACGGGAAGUCGCAUGGGUUUAACUGUGGUGUUGAAUGCCUCGACAGCGGAAUAUUAUUGCACCAAAUCGAUGAGCAACGGGUUCAAGGUCCUCGUACAUAAUCCCGCCGAGUUGCCCAAGGUGAGCAAUUAUGGAUUCAUUGUGACUUCGGGGAGGGAGGCACGCAUUGUCAUUGAUCCCGUUUAUGAGGAUGCAACGCCCAGCAUUCGAUCGAUUAAGAAAUCGGUGCGUCGUUGUCUCUUCUCGGAUGAAAACGAUUUGACCUAUUAUCGCACGUAUUCGCGUAAAAACUGCGAACUCGAGUGUGAGGCGAAAUUGCUGUUGCGCGAUUGCAGUUGUGUUCUUUACUAUUUGCCUCGCAUCGAUCCGGCGGCUCGCGUUUGUGGACCCAACGAUAACAACUGCACGAACCGCGUCCAGACCGAGAUCGAGUCAUCGAACACGGAAUUGUCAUGUGAAAGCUGUUGGCCCGGCUGUUUUGAGCUCACCUAUCGCACCACGAUGUCCACAUCGAUGAUUGUCACGGGUCCAAGCUAUCAGAGUGGCGAGGAUCUGCCCGAGGAUCUCUUCAGAACUAGCAACGGUUCCGUUAACAACGAUCUGUCCGUUCUGCACUUCUACUAUCUGACCAACAACUUGCGAAGCACCACCAAAUCCGAGAUGUUUGGCUUCACCGAGUUUCUUUCCAACACUGGUGGCUUGUUGGGUCUCUUUAUGGGCUUCAGCAUCUUCUCGGUGAUUGAGAUCGUCUACUAUGUAACAGUGCGUCCGUAUUGUGCAUCGCGAACGAUCCAACAGAGACGCCAGCGUCGAGAGGCAGCGCUGCGUUGGCUGACGCCUGUGCAACGGGGACGGCGACGUCUGUUGUUGCCACAGCGGCAGCAGCCACCGCCGCCUUACAGCCAGUUGCAGUUGGUGGCGAGGCCAAAGGUCAAGUCAAGUCUGUGGCAGACACUGCGCAGCUCUCGCGAUCCACUCGUCUAUCCCUAUCUGGAUUAG